CAAGCCCCCACACCUACCCUCAAAAUUCCGCCCAGAAAUGCGAAAAAAGCAAACACGAUCCCCACCAUGCCGAUGAGAAAAGGUAAGCAUCAACAUCUGAAACACACACCCUCCCCCUUCCUACCCCCCACAAAUACUCUAUCUGCAACAUGCAGGCUGUUCAAACCCAACCAUCAGCAUUACGAGAAGCCACACAAAAAAGCAAAAAAGCCCAUCUUGCAUUCCUGCCCCCAUCGUGCAUACACGUACGCCAUGCCAUGCAUCUUGCUUCCGUCAGCCAGCCCCAAAAAAACCCACUACCCUCAUCCUCCCUAG